CCCGGCUGGGGAGCACGCGGCGGCGGCGAGACACGGCGCUGCCGCUGGCUGGUGUCCCGGGACCGGAGGCGUCCCGAGAGCCCGACGUGAGUUAGAGGUUACACCCAGGAACACCGUCGGCAUGAGAACCUGCGCGAUGUCACAGGUUACACCCACUCAUGGAACACCGUCGGCAUGACGGCGGCCAUGGUGCGCGGCACGUGGACGCCAACCCGCCCGCGCGGACCAAUCGCUGCCGAGUUCCAGACGCCCGGGCCCGGCUGCGCCAACCUGCCUUCCACGCUGGGCCGCGAAUCGCCCGCCUUCACCAUCGCCAGCCGACACGAGGUGCGCAGUCUGAACCCGAGUCCGGCGCCCAACGAGUACAACACCCGCCAGCUGACCAACAAAGGCAAGGACGUGACCCCCGCGCGGAGCAUGGCCGGUCGGGCGCGGGUGCGUCGGCCCGAGGUGACCCCAGCGCCCGGAGAGUACCGGGUGGACACGCACGCGCUGGCCGCCAGCUCGCCCCGCUACAGCUUCGGUCAGCGGCUCGACUCGAAGAAGGCCACCGGUGUGCCAGCGCCCAACUCGUACACGGUGCGCGAGCUGCUGGGCGACGCGCCGCGCUUCACGAUCCAGGGCCGGGGGCGCGAGCCGACCGAUGAGCGGGCGGCGUUCCCGGCGCCGGGCCAGUACGAGUCGGGCCGGACGGCGGCGCUGCAGCCGCGCAGUCCGGCCUUCUCGCUGCGCCAGCGCACCGUGCCGCCGUCUGACCACACGCAGAAGCCGGGCCCGGCCGCCUACCGGCUGCACGACACGGUGGUGAGGAGACGGGAGCCGCAGUUCACAUUCGGCCUGAAGCACUCGCCGUACCUGGGCAAGUUCAGCUCCGCCUCGAACGACGACAUUCCCUCCCGCAACUAGCGCCCCGUCGCUGCGCCGCGGUGCUGAGCUCGCAGCCCGCAACAUCACGGCGACCGCAGCGACGCGCCGGUCCACGUGUCUCGACGCCGUCCGACACAUUCGAAUGUGAUAUCCCCUACUGCCGCGGCGGUGGUCUCAGACCUCCGCCACCGUCUACAUUAAUGGAUGAGGUUUCCCUCGCCGUGUUACGGACCGAUGGUCACUCGUCUGGUGGUCUGCAGAGGUGGCUUACACUGCAGUUUAGCGUCAGCGGAAACGCUCCGUGAUCACAGUAACACUGAUGUCACUGAGAGUAAGGGCUGUUGCCUUUCGGCUUGGGUAAAACUAUGCGCUGCACUUUGCUGAGUGACGUCAAUACUCCUCCACGCUUGGCAAUACAGAACACUCGUACUUCUAUA